GCCCGAGUGACGUCAGAAGGAGCAUGGCGGCCAAGGUGCAGUCAACCAAAAGGGCCGACCCCAACGAGCUCAAGCUCAUCUUCCAAAAGUAUGCCAGCGUUGUGGAUAAGGAUGGCGAGCGCUUUAUGACCCCCAGUGACUUUGUGCAGAAGUAUUUGGGCCUCCAUACACAGAUCCAUCACAACCCCAAAACUGUGCAGCUGCUCGCCGCAGUGGCAGAUACCACCAAGGACGGGUUGAUUUCGUUCCAGGAGUUUUUGGCCUUUGAGUCUAUACUCUGUGUGCCAGAUGCUCUUUUCAUCGUGGCCUUCCAGCUGUUCGAUAAAACCGGGACCGGAGACAUCUCCUUCGAAAAUGUGCGUGAUAUAUUCAGCCAGACGACGGUGCAUCACCAUAUCCCCUUCAACUGGGACUGCGAGUUCAUCCGCCUUCACUUCGGCCAUGACCGAACCAAACACCUCAACUACCUGGAGUUCACCCAGUUUCUGCAGGAGCUGCAGUUGGAGCACGCCCGGCAGGCGUUUGCACAGAAGGACAAAGCCAAAACCGGGAUGAUCUCUGCUAUGGACUUCAGUGACAUCAUGUCCACCAUCAGACAUCACAUGUUGACCUCUUUCGUUGAGGAAAAUCUGGUCUCAGCAGCAGGUAGCGGAACCUCUCACAUGGUCAGCUUCUCCUACUUCAACGCCUUCAACUCACUCCUCAACAACAUGGAACUCAUCCGCAAAAUCUACAGUACACUCGCCGGCAGCCGCAAAGACACACUCGUCACUAAAGAGGAGUUUGUCCAUGCUGCAAACAAGUUUGGUCAGAUCACUCCUAUGGAGAUUGAUAUCCUGUAUCAGCUCGCUGGCCUCCACUCCCAGACUGGGCGUCUGAACCUGGCUGAUAUUGAGCGAAUAGCUCCUCUGGAGGAGGGCGCGUUGCCUUAUCACCUAGCAGAGGCGCAGAAACAGAUGCAUGGCGAUGCAUCUCGUCCCGUGUGGCUCCAAGCUGCUGAGUCAGCCUAUCGCUUUACGCUGGGCUCUAUUGCUGGAGCGACGGGAGCGACAGCGGUGUACCCUAUAGACCUGGUGAAGACGCGGAUGCAGAACCAGCGCUCCACCGGCUCCUUUGUAGGAGAACUCAUGUAUAAGAACAGCUUCGACUGUGCCAAGAAAGUCUUGCGUUACGAGGGCUUCUUCGGUUUCUACAGAGGUCUCGUUCCCCAGCUCAUUGGUGUGGCUCCAGAGAAGGCUAUCAAACUUACUGUGAAUGACUUCGUGAGGGACAAAUUCUCCACCAGAGAUGGUUCGAUCGCUCUGCCUGCUGAGAUUCUGGCUGGCGGAUGUGCUGGUGCCUCUCAGGUGAUCUUCACCAACCCCCUUGAGAUUGUGAAGAUCCGUCUCCAGGUCGCCGGUGAGAUCACCACGGGCCCCAGAGUGAGUGCGCUCAGCGUGAUCCGGGACCUCGGCUUCUUCGGUCUCUACAAGGGUGCAAAGGCUUGCUUCCUGCGUGAUAUUCCCUUUUCUGCAAUCUACUUCCCUGUGUACGCUCACACUAAAUCUUCAUUCGCUGAUGAGGAAGGAAGACUCGGAGCGCUGCAGCUGCUCACCGCCGGAGCCAUCGCAGGAGUCCCGGCUGCCUCACUGGUCACCCCGGCUGAUGUCAUCAAAACGCGACUUCAGGUGGCAGCUCGUGCAGGUCAGACCACAUACAGCGGGGUGAUCGACUGCUUCCGCAAGAUCCUGAGAGAGGAGGGCUUCAGAGCUUUCUGGAAAGGAGCUGGAGCUCGUGUUUUCCGUUCAUCACCUCAGUUCGCUGUGACCCUGUUGACCUACGAGCUGUUGCAGAGAUGGUUUUAUAUCGACUUCGGUGGACACCGUCCCUCUGGUUCAGAGCCGACGCCGAAGUCUCGUAUCUCCGAGCUGCCCCCGGUGAACGCUGAGCACGUCGGAGGUUACCGGCUUGCCGCCGCAACGUUCGCCGGCGUUGAAAGCAAAUUCGGACUCCACCUGCCCAAAUUCAAAUCGUCCGGCGUGGUCAGCAUCCAACCCGCUAAAGCUUCUUAAGCAGGCCCCGCCCACUCCAGUCCCGUCGUCCAGCCGGCUGUGUAUGUGUGUCCAUCAUCCAGCCUGCUAUGCUCCUGUUUUUAGUUUGUCUGUUAUCAUUAUCGUGUGGUUGAGGGAGACAGUGGGUCCUAUUUACUAAUAGGAGUUGAUCAGUGCCUCCUCUGUUUCAACUGAAUGUUUCAGUUAGUGCUUUAUAAUGAGCUCUCUGAGCCUUUUUUUUUUUAUUUGGACAGUUUAGGCCAGGACAGUUUCCCCAUAAAUGCAGCGUGAACUCCGGUGACUUGGGACAGUUGGAUCUGGGUUGCCAGAUCCUCUUCGAUUCCUUAUUAAAGGAAUUCCUUUCUAGGGGUUUCAUUUAAACCAGAAUGAGUCCAAUCUGGCAACCCUGAUUUUAAACAUAAUAUUGAGCAUGAAGCUGACACGUCCUCAGUCGCCCUAUGCUAAGCCAGCAAUGUAGUUCUUUUGAAAAAUGAAAUCCAGUCUAAUUAUAGGAUUAAAAUAAUGUGGGGGUUUUUUUGUCAGCUAAUUGGACCUGAAUGCAGCAGUGCUUUUUCCUGUCAUAAGUUUCGCUGUUACAUUCCAUACUGUUACAGUAAAUAUACCUCUUCUUACUAAAUACGAGACCAGUAGAGCACUGAGUUGGCGGUUACUGAUUUGUAAACUAUUGUGUAAGUACAGGAACUAUAGAAAAAGGUUGUGUGAGGACGUCUUUCCCCCCCCAAGCUAAUAAUGAGCCUAAGAUGCAACUAAUCUUCUCAUGAAGUGAUGUGACACAGAAGUGGACCAGGUUAGAAAAUCUACUGAUUCUAUUUUAGUUUAAUAAUCUAAUAAUUCAGGUUGAUGGUUAUACCAUACCAGUGGAUCACUUAAAAAAAAAAAAAAAAAAAGUUCCCUUUUAAUCUGAAUAUAAUUAAUUGGCUGAGUGUUUUUUAGCGUGUGAAGUUUGUGUGGUUGGUAUUGAUGAUAUAUAGGUAGUGGAUGUCCAUCUCACCCAAGAUCUGUCCAAAUUGUCCUGUAAAUCGCUUCGGGUGAUAUUGUUUAGCUGCGUAAUCAGGUUUUUAAAUAAAAUAGCAUAAAGUUGAACGAUAUUCUACUGUGCAGAACUUUCACAUAUCUACCACAAUGCCACCAUCAAACACUUUGCGAAAGGGGAAAUUUGUGUAUUUUUUAUUUUGACAGAACAGUCCUCAAAUUCCUAAAUUUAACGUAAAGAACUGAGCCACGUCGACAGUCAUUUACACACUUGCUGUUUUUUCUGAUCCUGUGUUAUGAAUCGUCUCAAUACUGCUAAGAUGAUGAUUUCAAUGUUACAAAUGCGCACAAAUACACUAGUUUUUAUGCUCGGUUUUCUGUCCCACUUGACCUGAGUUUCCCACGCUCGUGUGUAUAUGCUGCAUCUACUGUAAUCCUCUCUCAUUAUUAUAACAAUUAUUGUUUUGCUGAUGUUUAAGAAGCUCUUCUUCCUCCUCCUCCUCCUGUGUUACAAAAGCAUGCUCUCUGUAGAGCCCCACCUCCUCCUCUCCACCGCGCCCUAUAAUGCUUUGCGUAGCUUGCACAUGCCCUGUACAUAGUUGUACAUCUCUUUUGCACAGAGGAGCGCGGUGCAGUCGUCUUCAUCUCGGCCUCACACUGACGCGUGUACAGAGGUUCCCCAACUCCACUCACUGAUCAAAAUCAGACGAGAGGCCAAAAAAAUUAAUCGAAUAUAAGACAGAGUAAUCGACCUGAAAAUGUUAAGGAGAUUAUUUAAAUGCAUUUCAUUCUUGUAUUGUAUUUUAUGGAAAUAAAUCAUGAACAGUUAAAAUUUUAAA